GCGGCUUUGGCAAGGAAUUCGGCGCCCUCCCUCGCUAGCCCACCCCAAUUCUACGGAGAAAAAUCAAAUAUUUACCGAAACGACGAGGAAAUUUUCGGCAUUCUGGUACCAUGGAAAAGGAAAGUACAUUUGAUCACCGAUUUCAGCGCACUGAUCAGUGGAUGCCUGUUUAUUCCUGGUUAGAGUCACUUGAUACAGAUGAUGUGGUAAAAUCUAAAGACAUUUUAGAAUGGCUUACUGAGAAUGCAGAAAUCAGAGAACAGUUAUCCUCGAGGCAUUCACGUUACCAUUUGAUGCAUUACAUUAAAAAGUGUCAUGUGAAAAUUCUAAAGAGAAAGGGGAAGAAGGUAUUGACAUUCAGUAGCAGUGUGCGCUCAGCAAAAUUUCUUGAAAGUAGGGAAGAGAAACAGCCUGCUAUGAUCCAGUGUGCUGGCAAUAGUCUAAGCAGCCUACCAAAAGACAGCGAAAUCUAUAAAACAAAACAAGCUGAAGCUAUUCGGAAAUAUGAACUUUUAUUGGAGUUCGAGAAACAACUGUUGGGCGCCUUCCCGAGCGAGAAAAUGUAAUCAGGCAUGGCUCCCUAGUUUACUUGGGUAGCAAUUUGGUGUGGCUUUGGCUUUAGUUUUAUGAUAUGAUGUAGUUCUCUUGUUGGCCAGGCUAAUCCUUUAUCUUAAUGGUGCAAAUUUUCUCUGUAAAUGUUUUUUUCCUGUUAAACAGUUUAACACCCCUACUCCCCUAGCACCAAGGAAAAAAGAACUCUCUUUAGGAGUGUUGGCAACUUGGAUUCUGGACCUUUUUGUCUCAUAAUGUGAGGAAAUAUUUUGUUGAUGUUAUUGAGGCAGCUUUGUCAAUUGUUAUACCAUGGACCAGAGUUCAUACUGCAUUGUGAAUCACAAUACAAAAA